AUGUACUCCCUAGUGAAAACUGCCAUAUCAAGCAAUGAGAGGCAUGAGUCUCUACAGCGAGAGCGGACAAACGCAGAACUAGCUAAGACACUGGAAGAAUGCACUGGUCCCAUCGCACACUUCUUGCAAGCCGUCCAUGAGAUGACUGGCUUCCACUGGACUAUUCUGGGUGCUGGACCUGACCCUCAGUAUGAUAGCGAUAUCAAUGUCAUGAGUUACCAUACAGGAACCAACAAGUACGGGCAGAACUGGAAGCAGGCCACUCCCGAUUUUGAUGAUAAGCACCUCAAGCCAUAUGUUGCCUUCAUUUUGACGGAACACAUCAGGAAGACAUGUGCAAUUGACUAUGUCCUCCCAACCCCCUCAUCGACUCUUGGAACUGAAGCCAACCCAGUGGCUGGGGAGUCGCAGUCUUCUAAUGCCACCCAAAACCUUCCAUCAACCUUGGCAUUAACAGGUCCACCACACCUGCUUCCUGGUACUGCUCAAACACCUAUCCCUGACAUUGGAAACAUGCAUCCACCUCCUGCUACUAAUUGGUACCCAACUCAGCAUCCAGAUGAGCUUAUUUCCUGGGACAAUGGAUAUGAUUUCAGCGGAUCAGGGGACUUUGGAAUACCGGGCUUCCAGAACCCCUCUGAGGCCAGCACUAUGAACGUAUCAAUGCCAUCAUCAAGUCUAUCUGCUUGUUUAGACUCACCAUCGAUUUUGCCCACCUCUUUGCACCUUUACCCACAGCUCUUUGCUACUAGCUUCGCAUUAUCAACUCCUCCCUCUGACUCUCUGGCACCCUUCUUCACCCCACCCAUGUUUACCUUCCCUACACUCCCAGCCCCCAUACCAACACCUGAUUCUUCCACUUCAGCUCCCGUUUUAUCUACCACAAUUGAUGUGCUAGUCAGUCACGGUGGCACUGCGGUGUCUGGACAGAGUCUCCCUAACCUUGUAGACAUUGCAGAAAACAACUCUGUAGAUGCAAGUAUCAAAGUGUUAGAUACCUUGGGUAUGGGAACGCCUGAUGCCACUGCAGUAGUAGAAGUAGAAGCAACUCGAGUCAACUCGAACAAUAUCAUUACCUCUUCCAAACCCAAGGGCCGUCCUACCAGAGGCAAGCACGUGCAACAGGUCCCCGCAGACUCAGAAACACCCAACGACUCGAACAGCACCCAGCCUGUCAGGAAAACUGGAUGUGUUCAAAUGGAGACUACUCGAUUGACGCAGGCCAACAACAUUGGCCAAAAUCUCAAGCAUCCACAACAUACCAAGCCCCAGAGUGAGCGUCCUAAGAAAAAGUACUAA